CCUUAAAAACUGAUCAUUUCACCGAUUAUUAGUUGCACGGUGAACACAAUCAUGGUUUGAGGAAAACGGUAGUUUUUUCGGCAUUAGUAUACCUAAUACAUUCAGAAUGGCAUUCAUCAAUAUUAUAAAAUAGUGAUUUAUACGCGAUUUAUUAUUUUAGCACAACGCUAUACGAACAGGAAACGCGAUUCCAGAGUUGCCGAUUUGAAAACCGGUAAAACCGUUACUCGUCCAUAUAAGGUGCAAAUAGUUACAGUAAGAAUUUAGAAGAAAAAAUAAUUAUCAUAAAUACAACCGCAGAGCGACCAGUAGUCAGGCCUCAGCAGAGUAAAAAUGGUUUCACGCAUCGGCUACGUUCAAACAAGACUCGAUGCGGUAGUGCAGAUGUUUGUAUGGGUGGUGGUCGUCGGGUUGAUCACGCAAUCGUUCGGAGACGACACGAAAGUCCACGAUAAAGAGACAGUUGGAAAACGAAUGGGCGUCCACGUCGAAAAAAGAUCACAAAGGACCGAAUACCUACGAAUUUAGAUACGACGUGGAAAAUGCGCCAACAAACAACAUACAAUACCGUAUGGAAGAACGUCACCCCAACGGAAGCGUUGUGGGAAGUUACGGUCAAGUUCAACCUGACGGUAAAAUUAGAGUGGUGUCUUAUGUUGCGGACAAAGACGGUGUAAAGGCUUACGUCAAGGACAAUGGCGGGGGCGAUCAGUACGUGGCCGAAGGAUCUAGUUUGGACCCCGUACAGCGGGUCACGUCACAGAUCAUACAGACGGCUGUAAAGUCACAACAACACAAGUCGCCAUUGCAUGACAAGUAUCACCGGCCGACGCCGAGCACCGCGGCUGCGGCCGGUCAACGGGUGGAUACGGCGCACGCGUAUCACCAGCAGAGGACUAACGUGGACCCAGCCACAUUUCGGCCGGAAGACUCACCGGGCUUCCAGGAAACCAAUCAGCCGUUCGUCGGCGAUCAACUCAAGGACAAGUUGCAAUCGUCUUACGCCGAGUACCGCGUCGGUCCUCCUCAGCAACCACCGUCAAAUCAACUGGUACAGAAUUCCGCGGCCCUACCACCCGUGGUCCCGUACAACCUGCAGCAGGCCACCGUGCCGGCUCAGCAGCCGUCGCACUAUGUGCUAAACGUGCCGCCACUGCCCUCGCUGGGCGAUAACUCACCGCUACCGCUACUGCCUGGUCAACAGCCCCUGCCCAUCACGCCCGAUCGGGGGCCCAUCAUGAUACAACUCCAACAACCACAGCAGCAGCAGCAGCAGCCACCUCCGCCCAACUAUCAGCAACAACAGAACUACCUGCAGUAUCAGCCCACGCAGGCGCACCAACAACAGUUGAGGUUGCCUCAGGGUCAACAGCAAUUGCUCCAUCCCAGUCAAGUGCAACAAUACCAACAACAGCCGGUAAGGGUACAGCCGCCAGUGCACUUACAGCAACACGUCCAGUUGACGCCUAACCAGCAGCAGACCGUCCAAUAUCAGCCACAACAAGCCAGAGUGGUGUCGCAACAGGCGUUACCACCUCAAUACAUUCAGCAGCAGCACCAGCAGCAACUGCAGCAACAGCAAUUGCAACAACAGCAGCAACAGCAACAGCUACAGCAACAGCAACAACAGCAAAAAGUCCCGUACCAGCAGUCCGUCAUGCAACAGCAGUACCCGCAACAGGUCAACAUACCGGCACAUCCGUCGCAGCUGCAGAUCAGGGGUAACGUACAGCAACACCACGCGGUGGUACCGAUGCAAUACUUCCACCAACCAAAUCCGGCCACCACAGUGGAACAGUACCGGCAACAGUUGCAGUUGCAGGCGGCUGAAUCGCAGAUAUUCCCGGUCUUCGUGUUGCCACCGACUAAUAGCGUUUUCGAUUUCCAAAGAAAGCGUUUACGGUCUUAAGGACAUUUGCUUGUAUAAUAUUAUCAUUGUGUCAAUAGCAAUAAACGCAUAUUUCGUUUAGGUUUGAUUGUUUUUCACAUUGAUCUGAUGCGUAUGAAUAUUAUAAUUAUAUAUUAUGUACAAACGAAUUUUUACAAAUUUAAUAUAAAUUAUAAUCCUAAUUGUAUUUGCUGAUUAUAAAUUUACAUUUUGUAUGACUGUAAUUAUUAAA